AUGGGAGUUGUUUGUGAGGAGUUAUCCAAGUACUCCACAUGUGAUAUAUCUGAUGGACUACUCAACUUCUGUAAUAUUGAGGAUGGAGGGUUUUUUCCGAACCUCACACGUUGGUCCGGCAACGACUCAAAGGAGACUGUUGCUGGAAAGGCUUAUACAGUUCUUUUUGCGCCUAUAGACGACCCUAGGGAAGCUGUGAAUUAUAUUGACUCUGUUCCGGAAGGAUCUUUUUUAGUUAUUUCUUUGACGAAAGAUCUGCAAUCACAUCAUGCUCCUUAUGUGAGAAUAACGCAAGCCGUUUAUGGCGGGUUGAUGUCUACAAGAGCGCAGUAUUUGAAAUCGGAAGCUUCCGCAGUUUUUGGUCGCAUCAGAGAUCUCCAAGAACAUCAACAGCUGAAACACUCUGUCUUCAGCUACGGUUUGAGUAGUUGUGGACCUAAUAAGGUUGUUAAACCAGUUGCGGUAAAUGUUAGUCUGACAAUAUUGAUCAAUGAUGGCUCUGAGAAGGUGAUAUAUCCAGGCGAUCACAUAAUUGGUGAUGUUCAUGGAAUAGUCAGAAUUCCAUCAGCUAAGGUUGAUCUAGAGAAACUUUUAGAUUACGUGAAGGUGUCUGUCAAGGCAGAUGAACUUGUUGCUCAGGACAUCACUUUCGGUGUACCGGCUAAACAGGCACAAAAGGAUCGUAGAGUGAUUUUAAAGUCGUUUCGCUAA